CAGGCCCUUUUCCAAACAGUGCUGCCGGUGAAGGCGGAGUUUCUUCGGGAGGGACCGAGGCGACAGGAAAGAAGCAUCGUAGGGACGUGGGUGGGGGAGAGACAGACAGGAGGGAGGACUGGGGGUGGGCUCUUAACACCUUCGGAGUAAGUCAAUCGCUUGUUUGCCCGUGUUGACUGCUGGCAAGCAGAGCGGACGUCAGACGAAAAAGAGAGGGCACUCUUAUCUGUCCGCGUCGCACCAGUUCUCAUUUUUGUUCAGCCUAUGCAUCUUUUUUCCUUCCGGCUGGUCAUCCUCUGUUGGUUCGUCGCCACGUGCGACAGGAGGCGGAAAUCAAGCAGCACCGCUACUGUUCUGCUCAGUCUGCAGAGGGAAUAGUGAAAGUUUUCUCCUGGCUGCAGGUACAGUUGAUUGCAAUUUGGCGUGUCGUCUCUUUGCUGUUGCUGCACUGGGAUGAAUGUUGCACUCUCUCCUGGAACAGACGCUUCAAACCGACUUUGAAAUCCAAACACCUACAGAAGGACGCUCAUUUGCCAGGGACGAAGAAGAGGAGUUAUGACUCAAGAAUCUUCAUUCCUCUCGCCGCGGUGACCAGAUGGUAUCUGCCAGCAUUCAUCCGGGCCUUUGUGUUCGCUGCUACUAGCAGCACAGGACACCGCGAAGAAAGCUGGCAAUCUUACUCGGCCUCUUCUCGCGGUCAUGACUGAGCUGGCGGCAUGCGGAGGAACAACGGAGGGGAUGUCGAAAGAUGAGGCUUGCUCGGGACGAGCGUUGACUGGGGAGUCUUCGUCUCGUGAAAGGGAGACUGAUAUAUUGGAAGAUGAGGAUGGUGAUGCGGCUCCGUCUUCAGACGCCGUGUCUCCUGAGAAUCUGCCGGAAGAGCCAAUAUUAGGCCACGACGACAUCACUCGCGGCCGGAUUCGGCGGGAAAUAGAAUCCCAAAACAAGUUUGUAUCAAACGGGGAGUGCGGCUCAGAAAAACCGCGGAAAGAGACGCCAUCCCCAUGGGUGGCUCCUCGCACGGCGAGCAGAGGACGCCGCCGCAGCGAGGAAACGGCGCAGGGUGCUCCGCAGGAAGAGGCGAACACUGGCGGAGUGACACAAAAGGCGGACUUUUGCCACACGGUGCAGUCAACCCAUCACACAGAUGCGUCGCCUUCCCAAGAAGCAGAGUUUGCGUCGUUAUCGCUCGACGUCGAUGACUCCAUAGAGCAGUUAAACCAACUGAUUCUAGAUCUGGACCCCACCUUUGUUCCUGUUCCCGCUGCCUGCGCCCCGUUGUCGCGGUCCACCUCCGUCCGAAGCGGUGGCCUCAGUGAUCAAGGAAACGCCCAUCUGACUGGCUGGAAGCGGCAGAUCAGCGACGUGACUGACUACUCGAGUUUUUCGACGCUCAAAACGGGUUUUCAUGAUCUUGGGGCAGGACCGCAAAGCAUUGGGGCCUAUCUGGUCGGCACCCCUUCCCAUUUGCCAUCACAGUUUAUCUCCGGCGGCCAAAGUGAUAGCUCUGAAUGUGCGCCCCCAACUCCAGCCUUUCCAGUGUCUCCCGCAACGCCUUAUGUGGAACACAUUUCAGAGGUUUCUCAGAUGAGGACUGUUGGCCAGUGGGCCCAACGCAGCUGGACACAAGAUUCUCGAAGUUUCCUGGACAGCGCGAACCACAGCGGCGGCUCGAUUGACGGAGAAUUGUUCAGAUCUGACGCGUCCGUGAGCUCUGCUUCCUGUCCGCGGGUAUUUGGUUCCAUGUGUUCUGUGUCAUCAAGCGGCCCGCUCCCGCACGCAGACGGCUGCACGCCGCCUCCCAUGUGGCACCAGCCACCGUCCAACCCCUCGCAGCCCUCAACUCCGAUCAAGCGCAGCACUCCUAAUGCCCACAGUUCACCCCGGGCGGCUCUUAAAGGACCGGCUGUGUGUCCGGGGGUCCGAGUGGAGUCAGACAGCACAGACUUGUCUUCCUUACUGACGCUAAAUGGCAACCUAGAGCACAGCCUGCCGGAGGCCAUGGGGGACCUCAGGGUCCCGAGCCUCGGAGGGGACGGGGAGCUCGCUCCGCAGCUGCCUGAAAAGAGGAGGGCGGCUGAAGGUGGCGACCUUGGCUCCUGCGUGCCUUCUCUCGGUGGCUUUUCCAGUCCUCACAGUGAAAGCAGUCUCAGUCUUUCUUUCUCACCACCGAGCCCCGAGCCCUUCAAAGCUUUCAGUGGGACGCCAUCGCCUGGAGCAGAGUUUGGCAGCAAGCAGGACACUGUGAAGUUUGUUCAGGACACUUCCAAGUUCUGGUACAAGCCCGACAUUUCCAGGGAUCAAGCCAUUUCAGUGUUGAAGGACAAAGAACCGGGCUCUUUUAUUGUCAGAGACAGUCAUUCAUUCCGCGGGGCUUAUGGAUUGGCGAUGAAAGUUGCAACUCCGCCUCCGUCUGCGGUGCAUCCCAGUAAGAAAGGUGGAGAUCCGUCCAGUGAGCUGGUGAGACAUUUCCUGAUAGAGUGCACACAGAAAGGAGUGCGUCUCAAAGGCUGCCCCGAUGAGCCAUUCUUUGGGAGUCUCACCUCUCUGGUGUGUCAGCACUCCAUCACAUCUCUGGCUCUACCGUGCAAACUCAUUCUGCCUGACAGAGACCCGUUUGAGGAAAUGAGGGACUCUCCCGUCAAGACAGCAACCAACUCGGCAGCUGAGCUUCUGAAGCAAGGGGCAGCAUGCAACGUGUGGUACCUUGGCUCUGUGGAAUUGGAGUCUUUAACGGGACACCAGGCCGUUGAGAAAGCCGCCACGGUAACGCUCACCACGGACCCUCCGUCGGCUUGGACUGUUGUCCACUUUAAAGUGUCAUCGCAGGGCAUCACACUCACAGAUAACCAGAGGAAGCUGUUUUUCAGAAGACACUAUGCCGUCAAUACAGUCAUUUUCUGUUCCCUGGACCCGCAAGGCAGGAGAUGGACACGAGGAAAUGCUUCGACUGCAAAGAUAUUUGGGUUUGUAGCGAGGAAAUCUCAGAGCGAGACGGAAAAUAUUUGCCAUCUGUUUGCCGAACACGACCCAGAGCAGCCAGCGAGCGCUAUCGUCAACUUUGUCUCAAAGGUCAUGAUCGGGUCACACAAGAAGUGAGGCCAAAGUGUGUCAACCACAUUCCCGUGUCGCACGCUAACGAUGGCGACAUUCACGUAACGAAGCCAUCGCGCCGCCGCGAAAGGCUUUGCAGAGGAUAUCACUUCCAAAUGAUGGUGGAAACUCCAUCGAGCGCUUUACCUUUCUUACUGAUCGUCACGACAAACACCGGCGACAAAUAAGAUGAUUAUAUGAAAGACGCGAGUGUCCAGAACAACGACAUAAAAUAUGUGUUCAGCUCUUCCAAUGCUUAUUUAAAAAGAACAUUUUUUUCCCCUCCCUGGAUAUGAGAUGUGUUUUUGUUUGCCUUUACACUUCUCUCAAUAUUUAUCCAGAUGUAUAAAAGUCAUUUUCCUCAAUAUUCUUCAUUUAUGUCACAAUCUGUAUUUUUUUGUAUAUAUUCUGUACAUUACGACAGAUAAACUCAGGAGUCGUGCUCUUGCUCGGUCAGAUGGUUUUAAUGUAAUCUGAUUUGGAUGAUUUAUUAAAAGACACAAGAUGA